AUGGCGGGCAGCGAGGAGAAAGGGAGAGCAGGCAGCCUCGGGGAGCCGCUUCCUCCUUCUCACGAGCCGCCGCAGCCCCUCGCUCAGGAGUUCCCCGAGGAGCAGCCCCAGCUCGGCCCGCCUCACCGCGAGGAUGAACAGGAGGAGGACGGCGAGGAGGAAGAGUCAAAGCUCUCAGAGGAUCAGUUGAAGGGGGUGUUGGAUGAACACACCGCUGCUGAGGGACUCCACACCUUGGGCUACUCAGCCCCUGGGACUGAGUAUGUUUAUCUUCAUCUGUCACUUCCUGGUCGUGAGCUGAGGGACAUCAGCAUUCUCUCUGGAUACAUUCACCUGCAGAAAAUGGAGCUUUCCUCCAAUAAAAUCAAUGAUCUUUCCUGUAUCAGUCACAUGCCUUAUUUAAUAGAGCUGAAUGCUUCCAAAAACCAACUGACCACAUAUUUCAAUUUUAAAGCACCUAAAAACCUCAGGGAAGUAGAUUUUUCACACAAUCAAAUCCCAGAAAUGCAAGAUUUGUCAGCAUACCACUCACUUACCAAACUCCUGCUGGAUUUUAAUGAGAUUGAGGAGAUCAGAGGGCUGGAGAAGUGUCACAGCCUGACCCAGCUGGGUUUGUCACACAACAGACUCACUGCCAUCAGGGGUCUGCAGAAUUUACCCAUCAGAAUCCUCAAUCUGAGCUUUAACCAGAUUGAGAAGGUGAAUGGGUUGAAGAACUUGAAAAAACUGCAGAGGGUGGAUCUGUCCAACAAUAAAAUAAACAGUCUUCAAGGCUUGGAGGAACAUGAUCUACUGGAGGUGAUUAACCUGGAGGACAACCAGGUGGCUGAGCUGAGUGAGAUUAAAUGGAUUGAAGAUCUGCCUCUCCUCAGGGUUUUAAAUCUUCUAAAAAACCCUCUACAGGAACAAGGUGGUUAUUGGCUCUCAGCAAUUUUCAUGUUGCUCCAAGUCACAGAACUGGAUCUCAAGAAGGUUUCAGUGGAAGAAAAGGUCGCUGCUGUGAAUAAACAGGACCCUCCUCCAGAAGUUGUGGCUGCUGAGGAUCACAGGACUCACGUUUUGUACAACAUUCCGCAGCCCCAGACAGUCCUGCCCAGCACUUUGCCUGGUGCUGAUGAACCCUACCCCAUGCUGGUGUUACUGGGCCCUCUGGCAGGUGGGAAGAGGCAACUUUCCCUCAAAAUCUGCAGAAAAUUCAAGAAUUCCUUCAGAUUUGGGCCCUGUCACACCACCAGGACAGCUUAUUUUGGGGAAGAAAACAGACUUGAUUAUUAUUUCAUUUCUCAAGAAGCAUUUGACAAAAUGGUGAAAGCAGGGAAAUUUCUGGCAACCUACAAAUACAGUGGCCACAGCUAUGGACUGGCAAGAGACACCGUGGAAUCCAUAGCCAGGGAGGGGCUGGCUACCUGUGUUCACCUGGAAAUAGAGGGUGUUCGUAGCUUGAAAAAUACCCACUUUAAGCCCAGGUACAUCCUGUUGGUCCCAAAGGACAAAGGGAAAUAUGAGGAACACCUGAGGAGGACAGGAUUGUUCAGCAGGUCAGAGAUUGAAGAGGCAGUGUCCAGAGUGGACAUGUACUUCCAAAUAAACCAGGAUUUCCCUGGAUAUUUCCAUGCAGUCAUCAACACGGAUGAUCUGGAUGAGGCAUUCACAGAGCUGAGCCACCUUGUCAAGGUCUACCUGGGCUUGGAGCCACCUGAAUUUUUGGACAACAUGCAAGGCACCAAGAGCAGGACAGGCUCCAGAACUCAGCUGUUCCCAGAAGAAGAACCAUCCCCGGGAGAAGUCAGUGACUUCUUGGACCCUUUUACCAAAAGUUAUCCCAGAGACCUCCUGGAUGUGCUGACUGCACCACCAGGAUCUGUGGAAGAAGCCUCUCUCCAAAGACGUUACUCUGCAGCACGUCAGGUGCUUCUUCUCCACAGGGACUCGAAUCCUGAAUUCAAGAGCUCCCAUCAGCAGCCCCUGAAACCAAUUCCACCUCUGUCCUCAGAUGUCUGGAGUGCCCUCCAGGAGCAGAAUUUGGCUACCUCAGAGAGCAGGGGACAGAUUUGUGUCCCACCUGAUGCAGCUCUUGUGGAAGGUCUGCAGACCAAAGUUCCCAUUCCUCAGAGGCGCCUCCCUGAAGAAGCCAAAGCUGAGCACCAGGAGCCAGGAGGAGCUGGAAAAGGAGUGGGCACAUCCAAAGAGACUGAAGUGCCUGGUGAGAACUUCCAGAGGAAAUCCAGCAAGGUCAAGUUGGGUUCUUCUCCUCUGAGUUCUUCUGUUCCUCAGCUCCAAUCCCAGCCAGACUCCCAUUCCAAACCUGUCCUACCUCCAAUCCCACCUGGAUGGAAAAGCACCAACCCCUGA